GAGGCGGUCGCCGACGCACUAACGAGUGCCUCAUUCUGGAGACCUCGUCCGUCAUCGCGAUCGACUACCCUGAUGUUCAGAUUAUGCGGCCUGGGAUCGGCAUCCAGCAGCAGCAGCAGCAACAUCAGGCUCGGUCGGGCUCCAAUCCCUUCAACGUAGACCGACUUUUAGCCUUGGAUCCUGACAACAAAACUCAACACAGACAACAUUACGGCAACAACUACCAUAAUAUAAACAUGCAUACUCAACAGCACCACCACCAUCAUCAACACCACCAACAGCACAAUAACUCGCGUCACCAACAGCACUAUGGACCACAACAACGUCACACCUCUAAUGGCGCCGUGGCUCGGUCAAGUUCUAAUCCACCUCCUAUACCCCAUAGCCACGAGCCGCCUCCCCUGCAACAACAUAUCCCAUCUCAGCAUCGUGCUAUGCACCACAACAAUCAUCAGUAUGACCCCCAUUGUGGUGCUGCACCACACACACAAUCCGUUCCCAUUAACACAGAGCACACAUUACACCAACAACCCAUACACGUAUCAUCAACCAGUCCCGGUCCAGCUAUGACUGGGAACUCUUCGCAGUCUUCAGAGUCUUAUUUACCGGACCUGGUGCGCGGUGUCCGGUCUCGGGGCAGUCUUGCGAGUGGAGGGCGUGAAGGAAGUGAUACUUCGAGUGCGUACUCAGGGUCAGAUACAAUGUGCCACUCGGUACACUCUCUCGACCAUGAUGAUGUCGAUCUCUCGGGGCUCAUGGAGAGCGUCGUAGACUCGGACGAAGAAGAUCUCGCAGAAACCAUUGAGACGAUGGCCGUGCGCGACGCUGUACGUGAGUGUCUGGAGAAGGAUCCCAGCGAGCGAACAGAAGACGACAUCAAAGUUCUGCUGGAGUUUACACAGCGACUUAAGGCCUUCGCUGACAAGACUUUGGCUGUCAGAAGAGCCAUGUGUCAAGCUAUGGUGUUCGCGGUGGUCGAGGACGCCGGCACGGUUCUUAUGAACGACGGCGAGGAGCUGGACUCGUGGAGCGUCAUCAUCAACGGCCACGUCCAGGUCAUGACGAGCACAGGCUCCUACGAGCUGCAUCUCGGCGACAGUUUCGGCAUCCCUCCAACAAUGGACAAGCUGCACCACGUUGGCGUCAUGAGAAGCAUGGUGGAUGACUGUCAGUUCGUGUGCAUCAGACAGAGCGAUUACUACAGCAUCCUGCAUCAGGGGGAAGAAAACACGCAGAAGGUGGAAGAAGACGGCAAGCUCGUGCUGGUCAUGGAACAGCGACAUAUCGAAGCUAUGAACAGAAAAGGCAACAUCGUAAUUAAGGGCACUCCUGAGCGCCUGAUGCUGCAGCUGAUCGAGGUCGAGAACUGCAUAGAUCCUACCUACGUGGAGGACUUCUUGCUCACGCACAGAACCUUCCUUAAGAGUCCUUUGGUCGUGGCUGAGAAACUCCUGCAGUGGUUCGAGAACCAGUCGCUGCGCAACCUGGUGACGCGGGUGGUUCUGCUGUGGGUGAACAACCACUUCACUGACUUCGAGAUGGACCCCGUCAUGAUGAACUUCUUGGAGCAGUUUGAGGAAGGCUUGGAACGCAGCAAGAUGGAAGGCCAGCUUCGUCUGUUGGAUUUUGCGUGCGCAGCGAAGGCAAGAUCUCGCACCGUAACACUCACGCGUCCUUCUAGAGACGAGAUCCUGCAUUUCUCCAUACUAGGAGGCUUGAAGAAGCCUUAUGGGAUAUUUAUCUCUAAGGUUGAGAAAGGCAGCAAAGCUGAAGAAGUCGGACUGAAACGCGGGGACCAAAUCCUGGAAGUGAACGGCCAAAGCUUCGAGCAAAUCGAACACGCGCGCGCACUCGAGAUACUGCGAUCUACGUGUCAUCUCGCGAUAACUGUUAAGAGCAAUCUGCUGGCGUUCAAAGAGAUGCUGCAGACCCCGAACACGUCCCCUCGUGUACACCACCGCAAGACAUCAGACGUGAGCAGUGGCAGCGGUCACAGCAACAAGAGCGUCUCUGCAGAGUUUGCGUCUACCCUCAACCUGGUCAACACCCUCGCGUCCCCUCGCUCUAAGAAGGAUCCUAAUAACCAUAAGGCUGCCUUCAUGACGCUUAAAGCUCACUGGCUUAAAGAUGCUAUCAAGAAUCUUCUCCCCAAGAACAGUCAAUUGGAGUCUGGAGCACACAGCGAUGAGAGCGUAUCGUCGCAGUCAUCCAGUGUGGGGGGCGCUGCGUUCCACAGCCACAGCAACCCUGACCUCACGGCCAUACCUUACGAGGAGACACGCCAGGAGUUCCCUGAACACGUCCUCAAGGUGAUGUCUUGUUCUUCUGGGUGUUCUCUUGUUCUUGUAGGGGUGUUCUCUUGUCCUUACGAGGAGACACGUCAGGAGUUCCCUGAACACGUCCUUAAGGUGAUGGUGUUCUCUUGUUCUUACGAGGAGACACGCCAGGAGUUCCCUGAACACGUCCUCAAGGUGAUGUCUUGUUCUUGUAGGGUGUUCUCUUGUUCUUUAGGGGUGUUCUCUUGUUCUUACGAGGAGACCCGCCAGGAGUUCCCUGAACACGUCCUCAAGGUAUACCGAGCUUCAGAUCAAUCAGCCAAAUUUCUGCCCGUACACCAAGAAACAACGGCGCGAGAAGUCGUCAUGUUAGCGCUACAGAUAUUUAAUAUUAACGACCAGGCAGGAUCUUCUAAUUACGCGCUCUAUGAGGUCACGGUUACGGAAGAAGGCAUUCGUAAACAAAAGCGAUUGCCUGAUAGACUACAGAACCUUGCGGAAAGAAUCGGUCUAAGCAGCCGCUAUUACCUGAAGAACAUCGCCAGCUCGCAGAAUUUGGUGCCUGACGAGAUCGUUCACGAGCUCAUCAAAGAGUCUCAGGUGACAUUCCUACAGCUCAAUUCAGUUGAGUUGGCCAUACAAUUAACACUCGAAGACUUCGCCAUCUUCCGACAAAUUGAACCCACGGAAUAUAUCGAUCAUCUGUUCGAACUCAAGUCCAAGUACGGCACUCCGGCGCUGUCACAGUUUGCGGAGCUGGUCAACAGAGAAAUGUUCUGGGUAGUCACCGAGGUUUGCUCCGAGCUCAAUAUAGUCAAGCGCUCUAAAAUCAUCAAGCAGUUCAUCAAAGUAGCAAGACAAUGCAAAGAAUGCAAGAACUUCAACUCGAUGUUCGCUAUUUUGUCGGGCCUGGGCCACCGCAGCGUGAGCAGACUGCGCGCCACCUGGGAACGUCUGCCCGGCAAAUAUCAUCGAUUGUUUCAAGACCUGCAGGAUCUCAUGGACCCCAGCAGGAAUAUGAGCAAAUAUAGGAACCUUAUUCACGAUGAUGCCACGCAACCGCCCUGUAUUCCAUUUUACCCCGUGGUGGCCAAAGAUCUACGCUUUGCACACGACGGCAACGAAGAAAGUUCUAAAGGUCUCAUAAACUUCGAAACUCUGCGCAUGAUUUCCCGCUACAUCAGAGACCUUCAGAGCAUGUGUUCGACUCCAUAUGACCUGGUGAGCAUGGUUGAGAGCGGAGGGCAGCCCGUGAGCACCGCCAUGUUCGCCAUGAACCAGAUGAGCGCCGGACAACAUCACAACACAGUCAAGAGGAGGAACAAGUCUGCCACCACGCACGACAAGAAGAAAAUGUUCGAAGAGGCUCAGAUGGUACGGCGCGUGAAGGCGUACCUCGCUAAGCUCUCGGUCACUACUGACGAGGACGAGCUCGAGAAGAAGUCUUACCUCUGCGAGCCUGGCGCCAGCCACAGCACCGCUCCUACUGCCACUUCUUCAGGAGCGACAUCAAGUACGAGCAGCGGAGUAGCAUCAGGCAGCAGCAUGAGCAGUCAAGCGAGCAGCAACACGAGCAGCAACACGAGCAGCAGCAGCGCUCCCUCCUCCUCUAAUCCCCAGCGCAGGAGACCGCACUCCCCCACGCCCUCCACCACUUCUUCCACCUCAUCCACAUCCCAUGCUUCUGACGGCAGGAAGCCUGUCAAAUUCGGCGCUGGGUCUCCACAAUCCAUGCGCAAGAUCCUGGCGCUGGCUGAGGCCAAAACUAAGCCCUACCACGGCCCCCGACCCGCAUCCAACCCCCUGGCUCUGACUGGGGCUAGUCUGUCCCCUGGCCCCUCCCCUCGUAUCACCAGACGGGGCCCCACUGGGGCGCUCGCCGGUGGCCUAGCAACCAUCACAACCUCUCAUCUUAACGCCGCCUCCAACCUCUCCAUCAACGCUCGUCCUAACCACGAACGCUCACACUCUGACACCCCUGCUGUACCUGUAGACCUCAGUGCUGAGAGCUCCUCUGUAACAACCCUCUCCAAUAUUAGAAAGUCGCAUACCCAAGGGACGAUGAAGAAUGUGAUAACCGAUCGCAAAUCUCUUGGGAACCUUCGGUCAACUUCCGAAUUUUCUUCCGUGGAUGAAGAAGAAGAAGAUGACUGUAACUCUGAGCGAAAUAUUGCCAAGAACAUGACUGUGUCCCGAGACCAAUCAGUAGUACCUAUUGGAAAGCUGAACACGAAGGGAGAACUGGGAGGUAAUGGGUCAAAAGUUAAACGGAGACAAAGCGCACCGAAACGAUAUUUUUCUUCUCAUCUGCUAUCCAUCACUACCAGAGUCAGGAAUAAGUACCACUCUCGUACGUCUCAGAACAGUCUGUCGGAAGACAUCAGUCAUCGUAAUCGCUGUCCCAGCCAUAGCUUUGAACCGAGCUUUCGUGACAGCGUUGAUGGAAACAUUCGCUGCUCUCGUACGUCUCAGAACAGUCUGUCGGAAGACAUCGGACAUCGUAAUCGCUGUCCCAGCCAUAGCUUUGAACCGAGUUUUCGUGACAGCGUUGAUGGAAACUUUCGCUACUCGAAUAACUACGAAGGACGCAAGUUAAUGCAUUGCAAUACCGAGCCUGCCAAACAAAACAGUUCAGCUGACGAAUUUCCAAGUUUUUGUGCGAGCCCGAUGCCGGAAAAUGUUUUCAUCGCCGAUGAAGAGCCUGACAAUUACACGUUUGAGUUCGGAAAUGUGGCUUCUAACUGUAAAUUGAAUCAAGUUAUGGCCCACGAAACUCAACAGGAUCUUCGCUCGAUGACAGGAGAGAGUGCGGCAGUAAGUCAGUGCGAGACAGACUCUGGCAUCUCGACGCAGUAUGACUGCCAGAGCUCCAACUCCCUGGACGACCCAACGCACUCCACCGCUCCCUUCCUACCGCCCCCCUCACCGCCCCCACAUCACAGGAGAUACUCGCAGCAACCUGAUGCACGGAGAGAAAGGCCGCCUUUCCUGAAUGCUGUAGCUGUUCUUCCUCCUCUUCCUCUCGCUACAAAUCCUCCGGGUAAGCUAGGACUUCUGAGACCUCAGGUUCUUCCUCCUCUUCCUCUCGCUACAAAUCCUCCGGGUAAGCUAGGACUUCUGAGACCUCAGGUUCUUCCUCCUCUUCCUCUCGCUACAUAUCCUCCAGGUAAGCUAGGACUUCUGAGACCUCAGGUUCUUCCUCCUCUUCCUCUCGCUACAAAUCCUCCAGGUUGUCCCCCGCGGCGUCGGGGCGUGAGCGCUGUAGCGCCACCAGACUACCCGCACACUCAGAUGCGUCAACUGCAGCAGAUGGGGCGUGCCAUGUCCCAGGACGCUGCGGUGCAGUACUACCACAACACUGCCCCGCAGCCUCCACACAGAACUGCUACUGCUCCACAACAUGAAGACGAAGAUGAGGCGCAGGUGUCUGCGGUGUGAGCUGCCUCCACGCCCGCCUCUUCAGCUCUCCAAACUUAUGCCAAAGAUUCCAAGUAUGAAACAGAUCCAUCAUCGGUUGCUGCUCAGUUGCCUCCAUUUCUUUAUAAAGUCAAUGGGGCAUCGAAACCGUGAUGUACGUUUACGUGUGAUAUUUUAAUGAGAAGGGAAGACGAGUCGAGCUUUUCCAAGUAGUAUUCUUCUUUAAUCUACCUUUAAGGCCUGUCUUUCGGGAGGCUCGCAUUCUUGUGGUGCGACUCGUGUCGUACACUGUUAGAGAAAACGGUGAAAAAACGGUCCCACUGGCGUUCUGGUGGCCGGUCGCC